AUGAGCAGACAGCCGCUUCCCGAGCCCACCGACGGCGAGAUGUACCUGACUAAGAUUCCCAAAUUCUUGUCCGUCGAUCCUCGAAGAUGGCACCACACCACCUACCAACCGCCCACCACCGACCAUCACUCGCACGAGGCUGCCCCUGGCUUCUCCGCCUACAGCACCGCUACCAGCACAGUCCACUGGAGACGCUCACCGUCGAAUCCCAAGAACAUCCAAUCCAAUGCACGUAUUCUCCGCUGGUCCGAUGGCAGCUUGACCCUACAACUCGCUUCGAACCCUACACAGCAGUACGAGAUUGAGGGCAACCCUCUGGCUCCUCGCCAGCGCAACCCUUCCAAGCCUACCCCUACGAGUCAGAAGCCUGGCAGAAAGGAUCACGGCAACGACUCAUACACCUACCUGACUGUCCCAGAUCCUUCUAACGGUCUUCUUCGUGUUACUCACAAAAUUACCGCUGGCUUAUCAAUCCUACCCUCGGCUGCUACCACCGACGACGCACUCGAGAAACUACAAAACUCGCUCGCCGCUAUUUCUCAAGGCAAGAACAAGAGCCAGGCAGGCGGUAUCGAGUUUGUUAAGAUCGACGAGGAUCCUGAAUUGGCCAAGAAGAAGGCAGAGGUUGCGGAAAGAGAGAAGGAUCGUGCACGAAAGCGAAGAGAGGCUGCCGAAACUCGCGAGCGUGAGAGAAAUGGUCGUGCAAUGGGCCGUGCCGGUCUUGGCUCAAGAGGCUACGGAGGUGGUCUCACCGCUGGCAUGCUCGAGGAUGACGAGCUUGGUGGUGGUGGUCGUCAAAGAGCCAGAGCAAAGCCCAAGAGACGCCAACGCCGCAACAGCGAGUACAGCGAAGACGAAGACUUUGGUCGCAAAAAGAGCAACUUCGGCAACGACGAGUACGACGAAGAGGACGAUUUCAUUGCUGGUAGUGAUGAAGAGGAAGCCGUUGAUGACGACGAAGACGAAGAUGACGGCAUCGUUGAGGAGAGGCGGCCCAAAGAACGUGCAUCCAAGCGUGCGAGCCCUGAUGAGGACGACGAGGACGCAGAAGGCGAAGACGAUGACAUCCCUCAGGCUUCCAGAACAAAGAGAAGGAGGGUCAUCGACGAGGACGACGAUGACGAGUAA